AUGAGGACUAUCUAUACAUCAAUCAAAGACAUUACUCCAAGUACAAAAAAUUGGAGCAUCAAGAUGAUUGUGUCAGACAAAUCUCCCAAACGUACUGCACAACAUUCGCCGACAAAAUAUCAAAAUCUGACAUUGAUAGACCCUGAGGGCAACCGACUACAAGCAACAAUUUUCGGCAAAGAUAUAGACCUACGUAAUGAUAUGUUACACAUCUUCCGGUCUUACUACAUCGGUAAUGCUUAUGUUAAGCCUUUAGAUCCCAGGCAUAGAAUUGAAGCGCAUGAAUACCAGUGGAUCUUAAAUUCAAGAACAAUCAUCGAAAACAUUCCAGAUGACGAAGUGGAAUUACAACCACCAGAAUAUGAUAUUAUCACAUUCACCAAUCUGCAUGACUACAAAGACACUGGAACCGAAAUAGCUAUUUUGGCGAUCGCAAUAUACAUGAAACCUCCUAGAGAAAUUAUCUCAAUACAUGGGCCAACAAAAAUUCAAGAAAUAUAUGUUAUCGACCAGAGCCUAAUGCCCAUAUGGUUGACUAUGUGGAGUCGAUUUGUGGAUGGUGAAUGCCGAAUAAUCUCUGAUAUUAUUGAAGCUAAGCCAACUCUACUCGCAAUACGUAUAAAAGUUGGUUCAUACAAUGGUCUCUCUCUUUCGUCUCAACCAACGAGUGUAUUUACCUUAAAUCCUGUCAUCCCUGCUGCAACUCCAUUAUGUCAAUGCUGUCGAGCUUACAUCGACGUUGACGAUGGUAAUGGACGACUAGGAGCUGUCAUGUUCGGUAAAAUCGCAGAAGAAGCUCCAGGUUGCACAGCAAUCGAACUAAUGGAACAUACAGGAGAGGAAGGUGACCCUGCAGCCCAUGAAGAUCCACGACUUCGAUCAUCUAGCAAGUGA